AUGCCAAGGGUGUUGGUCAACAAGGCCGAGCUUCUAGCUCCACCUGAUUUCUGCGAGAGACGGUGCCAUAGAGCAGCGAAAGGCACGAAGUUGAAAAGUGAAUAUGUAGAAUGUCAAGAUAAACACCCUCGGAAGCCGCUUCGUUCACAGACCAAUGAGUCGACUUCAAAGGUGAGGGGCGACGUUGGUGUGGUUAGUCUGGAACAGCACCAUCAACAUUUGAACCAGGUGAGUCGAGGUGAACCGAUAGUGUCAUUUCGGUUGAAUGACAGAGGCAUACAGCCCAAUUCCUUUGGAGCCGGGCCAUCCUGCAGACGCCAAGUGGAUACAGCUUCGUCUGCCAUGAAGACGGCUGCUAGGGUGGAAUCAGUCGGGCCGGGAAAUCGUCUUCGGCUGGAUUGGUGCCGGCAAUUGUUGGCACGACGGAUGAACAAUGGACUAAGAAGUCGUCGAGCCACGUAUAUGAAGAAUUUGGCAGCUGCAAGACUUGCGGGCUGGGAAAAGGCCUCCUAUUUUGAG